AACGGCAGAACUGUGAGACUGUAUGGGAGGGUCACUAGAGCCACUGGUUUGUCCUGCAGAGUGAAUGAAGUUGGAUUAUUAUUAUUAUUUUUGUGUUGAAUGCAGAAAAACAGAAGGAAACCCUUGGGAGAACAAAAGAAACAUGGUCCCCGGAAUUAUUUGGAUAUUUUACCUGUGAUGUUUUGGAAAAACUUUCAUCGGACGAUGUUUUCUCUGCUUUUGGGAGGUUUUCUAUGUAUGAAGUAUAUGUUUUUAUGUUCCCAUAGGCCCUCUCGCCUCAUUUUACUGCCUCCAAUAUUUAUACCGUAGCUGGUAAUUAACAUAAUCUUGCAUUCGUGUUAAUUUCGAGGAAUGAAGGACAACACGAAGUCCGGAUUGCCACCCAAACGCAGAUUUUUUGGCAGUUUAUGAAUGCAGCUGUAAUCACGCAGGGGAGCCUCAAGUACUUAAAUGGGUCCAUCAUGAGAAAGAGACAAUCAAGCUCCUUUAUGUCUCAAGAUCAGCUGCAGUUUCGGCACAUUGUCUGUUAUGAAUAGACCGAUCUCCAAUUGAGCCUCUUCACUUUGAGAUUUUUCGAUUUUCGAUUAUACGGCUAUUGAAAUUAGGAUGUGCCGCUUUUUUCUCUCUCUUAGCUUGGUGGCUUGGUUGCCUUUUUUUUGAUUGACAGAUGAAAUUGACACUCGGGUUGCCUCUUAUCAAGCGAAGCAUUUCAAUCUACCGCUAAUUGCAGAUAUAGUGCCAUCCUUUCUUUUCACUGCGUUUGAUUGCAUGGGAAUACAGCCUCCUAUCGUGCACAAGAGGAAUGAUCGAUCAUAUAUAGUUUUUCCCCUCCUAAUUGCAUCAAAAUUUCUUUUGUUGCCAGGGUUUAAAUGCAGGAGAAACUGUUAUUCCUUGUUUUGGACCGGAUAUAGUGUGGGUUGGGGCAGAGAUGCGUAAUGCGCAGAGCAAGCUCCAUCUCUUCUCCAAAUAGGCAGCCUUCAAGAUCCGAAAAUGUCUAAAUCGGAGGUGAAGAAGGAGUCUGGGGAGUCCAGCCCGUCGGAGGCCGCCUGCCUCUGCCCUCCUCCGGCGGCAAAGAACCAGUGCGCGAGCUGCGGCAUGGAGAUCCAAGACCGCUACCUACUGAAGGUCAACAACCUGAACUGGCACCUGGGCUGUCUGGAGUGUUCAGUGUGCAGAGCGUCUCUGCGCCAACACAGCAGCUGCUACGUUAAAAACAAAGAAAUCUACUGCAAGCUCGAUUAUUUCAGUAGGUUCGGCACUAAGUGCGCCCAGUGUGGCCGACAGGUGUACGCCAGUGACUGGGUGCGAAGGGCUCGGGGCAGCGUGUACCACCUGGCCUGUUUCGCCUGUUUCUCCUGCAAGAGGCAGCUGUCGACCGGGGAGGAGUUCGGCCUGGUGGAGGGCAGGGUGCUCUGCCGCAGCCACUACGACAUCAUGCUGGACAAUCUACGCAGAGCUGCAGAGAACGGCACAGGACUGACUCUGGAAGGAGCGCUACCUUCUGAUCAGGACUGCCAACCAAAACCAGCCAAGAGGGCACGGACAUCAUUCACUGCAGAGCAGCUGCAGGUGAUGCAGACUCAGUUUGCCCAGGACAACAACCCCGAUGCUCAGACGCUGCAGAAACUGGCAGAAAUGACGGGACUGAGCAGGCGAGUCAUACAGGUUUGGUUUCAGAACUGCCGGGCGCGACACAAAAAGCAGCCGCCUCAGAGCAGCUUCUCUCAAAGCGCUCCGCUGUCCAGGAUGCCCCCGUCGCUGCCAGAAGAUAUCCACUAUUCACCGUUCAGCAGCCCAGACCGACCACACCUGCUGGCCCUGCAUGGCUACCUGGACACUCAUCCCUUCUCUGUCCUCGCUGCUCCGGGCCACUUGACCCACCCGUCCAUCUCUUUACCACAGCUUCCCAUCAGCCGCUGACUUGCUGUGUCUACUUUUCCACCGUCGACACUCUGAUGAUGUUGUGGAGGGAAAAAAAUCCUUUGGGACGCCCUGUCAGCAAUUUGCUCCGUUUGGAAGUCAAGUCCUCGGGUGACGGCAGGACCGCGUUUUUUAAUCAGUCGGGUUUUUCAUUGUGAGACUGCUGAGUAAACUGUGGUGAAGCCUUCAGGCUAACACAGGAGUAACUUUUUAAUUUUGUCUUGUUUUUUUUUUUUAUAUAAUGCAGAAGACCACUUUUAUUUUAUUUUCCUUUUUUUUCCACGGGACAUGAAACAUUGCAUCAAGUUGGAAAUGGUUUUCACUUUCAAACAAGAUAUUUUAAUUGCUCCAACAUGAGCUUAAAGAAAAGAAGAAAAGAGGAGUGGUUGUAGCAGUGUUACAGUAAAACCUCAGCAUUUUUCUUUUUUACAUUUUGUACUGGUGAUGAGCACAUUUGCAGCUUUAUUGUUGUUUGUUGUUGUAUUGUUGUCAGAAAAUGGAAACUCUUAUUUAUUCAGAGCAAAACUUCACUUUUAAAAACGCACUUUUGAAUGUGUCUUGAAAUGGAAAAAUUCAGUUACUGUACAUUGUAAAUACGGUCAUGGUUUAAUAAAAUGUAUCAGAUCCCUUA